AAGGGGAACACCGGAAACUCAUUCCCUCCCACAGGAAUCUCCUUGGGCGACGGAGGCGUCGGAACUCACAUGGCUGGAGAUGCAUUUAUCCUAAACGAAGCGGUUUUGGGAGAGACGCCGUUGUGAGUUUAUCUUUCUCGGUUUCCCGAGAUGCUGGGGACGCUUUUUGUGGGAAACCCGAGAGAGCCUUUGCUUCCUGGAAAGACAGUGAGUGACAACCUUCAAAGGGAAGCUCGAAUGGUCCAUUGAGGCGCCACCACUGCCUGCUUGUCCUUCCCUUUAUUAUUUCCUGCUGAUAGAGGAGCUAAUGAAAAUGUUCCCUCUACUACAACGCUGUUGCUCUCAAAUUCCUUUGAAGAUUGCCUGUGUUCAAAGACUUCCACAGCCAGGAAGGACUCAAGCUAUCUACUCUCCUGUCCACUUCAAAGGUGGCCUGAAUGUACUGCCAAAUUUGCAGCUAUUAAAGCAGACAUCAGCUUAUACGAUCAAGGUACAGCAUUUCCAUUGCUCCUUCUGCAACUGGAAGAAAAAGAAGCCUCCAGAACCUGAACCUCGCAAACUGGACUUGUUAAGAUAUGAUAUGCCAUCACUCAAGGAGUCACCAAAGUCUGCCUUAUAUUUGGGAUUUGCAGGCUUAAUCCCAUUUGUUUCAAUACCAUUGUUCAUGGCUGUGCAGGAGACCUAUUAUCCAGAGCUAGCGUUUGCUCAGAUUGCAUAUGGUGCCUCUAUACUCUCUUUUCUUGGAGGAAUCAGGUGGGGAUUUGCUCUUCCAGAAGGUAGCCCUGAAAAACCUGACUGGUUUACUCUGAGUAACAGUGUUGUUCCUUCAUUACUGGCCUGGAUUGCCUUGCUUUUCAAAGAUGACACUACAGUAGCUGGAACCAUGGUUAUAUUUGGCUUAGGAAUAGCCCUGCAUUAUGAUCUCUCCCUCUUUCCCACCUAUCCCCGCUGGUUCAAAGCUUUGAGAGCUGUCUUAACUAUAAUAGCUGCAGGUUCGUUGGGUGCCACAAUAUAUGUUGUGAACACUUAUCCAGAGAAGCAUUUAAUUGAAAAUGAAAAUGAAAUUAAAUAAUUGAAAUCAAUGAGCAAAAAAUAUAGUGGCUGUUGCAAAAGAGGGGACUCACUCACAAUAUUUACAAGAUUCAAUUGCAUAAAUUUGAAUUUUGGCUCCACAAGGAAGACUACUGUGAGAGAAAAUGGUUGCUGAGUUUCUCUGCUUUUGAAUGUACAGCUGUGGAAGAAAAGGCCCAAGAGGAACAUUAGAAAAUACCAAUAUGGCAUGCAUACAAAUAUGCCUGAAUAUUUCAGGCAUAAAAAGCAGUAAAUCAGAAAGUGCUCCUUGUAGGAAUACUCGUUUGGAGUUCAGUAUUUGAGUGAGAAUAUAACUUGAAUCAGACCAUGCAUAAUAUUUCCAGUGGAAGGCGGCACAUGUUGUCUCUGGGAAUUCCACUGAGGUAUUAUCUCAUUUAGUACCAAUUCAUUCUGUAUAUUCUUAUGAGAAAAGUAUUUCUUUGGUUUGCCUAACCAAACUGAUAUACUGCAUUUCAAUUUCAAAACCAUGUGGCCAUCCUUUCCCUUUUAACAUAAUCAAUUUCAGUGGAGUAUUACAAUAACCUGAUGUUAAAAUACAUCUAGAUAUCAUUGUUGGGUGUCCUUUAAUAAUAUUUUCUAUAAAUGUUGUAGAAAGACAUCACAUUUUGUUCACCUGCACGUGCUCACUAAAAUCCAGCUGUUAGACAGGAGUUAUUUAAUUCUAGUGUCUAGGCUGCCAAAAUGCAUACUUUCUUAAGAAUAAGCCCCUUAAAUUCAGACUUAUUUGUGAGAAUUACUUAUCUAGAAGUAAAUUGGUUUUAUACUUGAACCGUUUAGAGAUUAAUCUCUAACCAGCAUGAAGUUUUAAGUAGCUGUAUAUAUUUCUGCGGAAAUUAAAUUUUUUAAAAAUCC